CUAACUCAUCGUCGGCUUCGCUGGCUUCAGCGCCAGUUUGAUCUUGAGCGAGAAUCCUCCCGACCGCGCGCGUUCCGUUUUCCUGAAUCGCGAGUGCGAACUGCGAGUGCGAGUUGCGAGUGCGAGUGGUCAUCUCGGAGGAGCGAGUGUCAAAGUCCCGCCUCUGGCUCGUGAAUUGUGCUGGUUCUCGGCGCUUGGGAUAUGGUUGUUGAUGUGGUUACCGACAAAAUACUGGCUCCUGUGGAUUCUCCUUCUGGAAAGCGCCCCAGCGGGAGCGCCAAGCGCCGCCAAGGCUGCGUCGCGUGUAGGCGAUCCAAGUUCACGGCUCGAGCCGGGCGACGAACUGCGCACGCGCAUAACGGCGAACGAUGAAGCGCGCAUGCGCGACGUCGAGAACUCCACCCGGAGCCACCGCGGCUUCGGCUACUACUCCAAGGAGAUGGGCAAGUACGUGAAGCUCCUGUCCAAGAGCUUGGGCACCUUCUUGGGGAGCCUCCAGCGUGAGUCACCCCGACGGAGCGAUGACUCCUCCGACGUCGCGGACGUGGAGUCUGCUGGGAGCCAGUCCAAGCUCACCGUCGGGGAAUCCCCGGGCGCGGCCCCGGCCCCGGGAGGCAACUCCCUCCUCUCAAAGAUCAACAAGGGGUUCAACUACACGAGCGGCAUCUCCAAGUACCUAAGCUCCAUGCCCGCCGUAAGGAGCCUCACGUCCAGCUUCACCGGCGCCGUCGCCAGCGUCCAGGACUAUUUCAAGCUCAUUAAACCGGGCACUCAGUGGUGCGGUGAUGGAGAUCGGGCGAAGAGUUUUGAGGAUUUAGGAUUGUUUUACAAGACGGAUGCAUGCUGUCGCGAGCAUGAUAGUUGCCCGGAUUUCAUCUUGUCUGGAGCAGAAAAACAUGGACUUAAGAAUGAUGGCGUUUUCACCAAAUUGCACUGUGACUGCGAUAUACAAUUUUACCAGUGCUUAAAAAGUGUACAUUCAGCAAUAGCUUUAAGUACAGGAUUCGAGUACUUCAACAUUCUGAAACCACCCUGUUUUAAAAAAGAACAUCCAGUGAUAGGUUGUAACGCAUAUAAUAGAGGAAAGUGCGUUCAAUUCAAGCUUGACAGUAGUCAUGAGAAAAUAUGGCAAUGGUUUGAAAAUAAAGAAUUUCUGUGGUGAUACUCCAACUUUGUCUCUCAAUUCAAAUGCACGACUUGAAUUGCAAAAUGUCUUUCCUCUUCCUUGUCAAGGGUUACGAAAUUGACUGAUUGGUGAAUUUUGUAUAAUAAUAGAUCAUGAUGAACAUUGAGUAACAGUGGUGCUUUCUGAAAAUUGA